AUACAUGCUUCAUCAGAAACCCUAGGGUUUUCACUGCACUGCGGAAUCAGCAGAGAUUAACUUUUCUUCUACGCUUCGCCGCAGAUCCAUUGGGGCUUGCCUCUUCUGAGUUUUGAAGAUGUUCACAUCAAGGAAGAAAAUCCACAAGGACAAGGACUCUGAACCAACUGAGUUUGAAGAGUCAGUUGGGCAGGCAUUGUUUGAUCUUGAAAACACCAAUCAGGAGCUUAAAAGUGAUCUGAAGGAUCUAUACAUAAACUCUGCAGUGCAAGUUGAUGUUUCUGGGAACCGCAAGGCUGUUGUUAUCCAUGUCCCUUACAGACUAAGGAAAGGUUUCCGGAAGAUUCAUGUGAGGCUCGUUAGGGAGCUUGAGAAGAAGUUUAGUGGGAAGGAUGUUAUUGUGGUUGCCACCCGGAGGAUUUUGAGGCCACCAAAGAAAGGUUCUGCUGCUCAACGUCCCCGCAGCCGUACUCUUACUGCUGUUCAUGAAGCCAUGUUGGAGGAUGUUGUAUUGCCUGCUGAGAUUGUUGGGAAGCGAAUUAGAUAUAGAAUUGAUGGAUCCAAGAUUAUGAAGGUUUACUUGGACCCAAAGGAGAGAAACAACACUGAGUACAAGUUGGAGACUUUUGCUGCAGUGUACAGGAAGCUCUCGGGGAAAGAUGUUGUGUUUGAGUAUCCUGUCACAGAGGCUUAGAUUUACAUUUUGUUACCUUUGAAUUUCUUCGCUGAAUUGCAUAUGGUGUAUGCCGGUUAAAAUUUUGUCUGACUAAUUGACUUUAAAUCUUGAAUUCAUUUUCUGAAUUUUGAAAGUACGUCUGGUUUUGUCAAUGUAGGAGUAUCAUCAUUAUUAUAAACUUAAGUUUCUUCUAUCCGCAAAUUUCAAAAAAAUGUUUUGUUCCGGAA